AUGCUUUUUUCUGAUUGUUUACUUAAGGAUGGCAACUUUUGCCUGCGACAACAGGUGAUUGCCCACGUACAUUCCAUCUCCACACCAGCAAACGUGUCAUCCACCAAGUAUAGUUUAUUUCUAUACCAUGAAGGAUGGAGAAAGAUUGGUUUUAAUGUGCACCUUAAGAAGCUUAAUGGCAUUCUUGUUCUUUUUAUCCCUGGUAAUGGUCGAAGCUACAAACAGGUGACAUCCGUAGCUGCAGAAUCUGAAAGGGCUUACCAAAGAGGCAUUCUAGAGAACAAUUUUUGCAUUAUGCAGCCUACUACGGUCAUAUAG